CUGACCUCAAGUGAUCCACCUCUUUCAGUCUCCCAAAGUACUGGGAUUAUAGGCAUGAGCCACUGUGCCGGGGUGAGACUUUGCUUUUAAAGAGAUUAUGUCACAUAACAGCCUUCCUAUAAAAGGGAUUAGAGAAGCCAGACACAAAAGGUCACAUACUGUAUGAUUCCAUUUAUAUAAAAUAUCUGGAAUAGGUAAAUCCAUCCAGACAGAAAGCAGACUGGUGGUUCCAGAGGCUGAGGGUGGGGAGGGAUAUGGAGUAACUGCUUGAUGGGUGUAGGCUUUCCUUUUGGGAAUAUGAAAGUAUUUUGGAACUACAUAGAGGUGGUGGCACAACAUUCUGAAUGUAUUGAUGAAUUGUUCACUUUAAAAUGGCUAAUUUUAUGUUAUGUGGGUUUCACCUGAAAAAAUUUUUAUUGGUUUCUUGAACACAAAAAGGAGUUGUAAACUAACUCAAGUAGUGCUAAGAUCUGUAGGAUAUUCUAGUCUGCAAAAAAAAACCUAGAAAUCCAGAAUCUUCUUUUGGGAAAAGGAGGGUCUCAUACUGCUCUAGUGUGGUACUCCUAGAAGUAGUGGAAGGGACUCAUGUCCUGAUAUUCAGCUCAGGAAAACCUCUAAGUGGGGCUGGCCCCUUUAAGACUCAGAGACUGUAAUCUGGUAGUUAAGGAGUCAUAAUCACAAGUUUCUUGGGUAAUUCUCCUUAGAAAUGUAGUUCUUACCCUCCAGGAUCAGAAGUACUGAGGAGCAGAGCCAAUCUUCUCUGUUUGGAAAUAGUGGCUUGGAAAUGGACAUGCUCCAGGACCUUGAGUCCCUGCAGUUUGAGUAUGGGGUUCCAGAGGAAGAUCGUAUCUGGCUGUAUUUGCAGGGCCGUUCUCGGGGACUGAUGAUAGAAGCUUGUGCCCAUGCAACCUUCUUCUGCAAACUAUUAUAUAAUUUGAGAGCAUCAUUAAAUGAGAAUCAAAGUUCCAGACAUCUCUCAAUUGACUCCCUUAAUUCAGCCACUCCUGAAGAGUUUAAGGUGGGCAUCAUUGGAGGUGGCCACCUUGGGAAGCAGCUGGCUGGCACACUGCUGCAGCUCGUCCCCAUCCCUGCUGAAAGCCUGCGGAUCUCCACUCGGAGGCCAGAGGCUCUGGGUGAGCUCCAGAAGCUGGGAAUCAAAUGCUUUUACCGUAACGCUGAUCUGGUGAGUUGGGCCGACGUGAUAUUCCUCUGCUGCUUGCCAUCUCAGCUGCCUAAUAUCUGCGUAGAAAUUCACACCAGCCUUGAGAAGACCAGCAUUGUGUACAGCUUUGUAGCUGCCGUCCCACUACCUAGGCUGAAACUACUGUUGAACCACACCAAUAUCUUGCGGCCUCAGUAUCAGUAUGGUGAAGAUUCUGUCAGCAUCUGGGGGGCCAAUAAGAAAGUCAUAGCUGCUCUCCAAGAUCCUACGAUUCUUCAAGCUACCUGUCCCUACAGUCCUGCUGGGGGAAUAAUCCUCAAGAUCAAGUGGUUGGAGGGAGUGUUUUAUGCGGCCCUAAACAUAUGCACAGCAAGAAACAUGGCCCACUCCCAAGUGCUGCAGCUUCUGAGUGAACUCUUUCUCUCCGUGCACUUUGAAGACUGUGGGAAAGACACAGCAUCUUGCCCAAAGUUUCAAAUAACAGAUUUUGUCAGCAAAGCCUAUGGCAAGAACUUGUCUCAGGAAAGGCCUUUCCCCUGGUUUGAUCUGACCGCUGUGCAACUCAAGGAAACUCCAUUUAGCCAGCAUCUCUCAAGCAGUCCUGUUCUCCAAGACCACCUUACCCAUCUGUACUGUGCUUCAUUUGGCAUCUCCCUAACCAAAGAACAGCCAGUCGUUUCCACAGGCUCUCCAUCCCAAUAAGAGAACUCGGGAAUCAGGAUUUUUUCCCACUCACAGAUUUUCCCUACAAUAUCAUGCCCUGAUUAUCACAAUUGACUGUGGGAGUCUUGUGACUGUAUUGUGUUUGCCACAUGAUAGACAUCAGGAAUUAGAAAACUGUACUGAUGAGGAAAACGUAGAAUAAAACAAGUGGUCCUAUCCAUCAA